AUGGCCUUCUCUCCCUUCCCCCUAUUCUCCUUCCUCUUCCGCCUCUCGACCAUCAUUCUUGCUGCGUUCACCGGCAAGCCAAAGUACACUUCGGUAUUCCUCUUCGGCAACUCCUAUGCCGACACUGGAAAUUACGUCAUACUCGAAUCCCCCGUGUUAUCCGUCAUUACUAUAGACCAACCACCCUACGGCAUGACCUUUUUCCACCAUCCCACGGGUCGCUGCUCCGACGGCCGUCUCGUCAUAGAUUUUAUAUGUGAGGCAUUGGGGCUCCCAUUUCUUCCACCGUCCUUGGCGCACAACGCGAGCUUCAGCAAGGGGGCGAACUUCGCGGUGACGGGGGCGACCGCACUCGACCUUGCCUUCUAUGAAGCAAACAACAUCACCACCGUCCCCCCGGUCAAUAGCUCAUUGAGUGUCCAACUUGGGUGGUUUGAUGCGCUGAAGCCUUCGCUCUGUAGCACUGCUCGACAGUGUAAGGAGUUAUUUAAAAAUGCACUUUUCAUCGUGGGAGAGAUUGGAGGAGACGAUAUUAUUUAUUUAGCGGCCUAUGGCGUAAGCUUGGAGGAAAUCAAGGAGACAUACGUGCCCAAAAUUGUGAAAAACAUUUCAAUGGCUGUUGAGAAACUGAUCAACGAGGGGGUCAGAACCGUGGUAGUGCCUGGAGACAUACCUACUGGAUGCACGCCAGCCAAGCUGACACUAUACGCGAGCCCGAACAAGACGGAUUACGAUCCGCGAACGGGAUGCCUCGAGAAUUUUAACCAUCUGAGCAAGUACCGCAACACGAAGCUUCGCGUCGAGGUAGAGGGGCUCCGACGAAAGUACUCGCAUGUGCGGAUCAUCUACGCCGACUACUACACCCCAGUCAAUCAGUUUGCAACGGAACCCGCGCAUUUCGGGUUUAGUAACGGGGCAAUUACUGCUUGUUGCGGAGGUGGCGGCCCCUAUAACUUCAAUGCAAGUGCAGUGUGUGGAUUACCAAAUGCAACUGCAUGCAAAGAUCCAUCAACUUACGUUAGUUGGGAUGGUGUUCAUUUAACUGAAGCUACAAACAGAUACAUUGCUACUUCAUGGCUCUACGGUCCCUAUGCUCAUCCACCUAUACUAAGCUACUAAAAACUAUGCCAUGUUUAUUUUGUUAAUAAUACAA